AUGCGGAUACUUUGCCUCCACGGGAUGGGCACCAACAGCAAGGUAGGUGCUGGAGAUGCAGACGUGUACAUAACAUUCCUUCACACAGUUCAUCUGAUUAUACGGACUGACCUCAUUGCAGCUGCGCUCCGACAUCAACUCAGCCAUUCACAAUCGCACAAAUACGAAUAUGUUGAUGGUGGGGAGCCAAUGCCGCCUGCUCCUGGCAUAGAAGCUUUCAUUGGUCACGAUGAGAGCCUUGCCUAUUACCAUCCACACUCGGCAAAGAGUAUCCUGACAGCCAUUGGCGACUUAUGGGAGUACAUUGCCGAGGAAGGUCCCUUUGAUGGGGUCUUGGGUUUCUCCCAGGGUGCAUCACUGGCUGCUAUGAUUAUUGCUCGUGCCCGCCACUCCAACCCACCACCUUUUCAGUUCGCCAUCUUCUUCUGUGCAGGACUCCCUUACUGUGAGAAGUCUUUAUCCGCGGGCGAGGUCAAAUUCCUGAGGGCUGAGGACACGCAAGGUCCAGUUAUACAUGUGCCAACAGCUCAUAUCUUUGGCAAAAAAGACCCUGAUGUUAGCUAUAGUAAAGCAAUGACUGAACUGUGCCAUCCCUGGGGAAGAGUUCUUCUGGAUCAUGGAGCUGGCCAUGAGAUCCCGAGAGUACCUGUUGAGACAGUGGACGACAUGGCAAGGGCGGUAGAGAAGGUUGUCGCCAAGGCAGUUAUCGGUCAGUAG